GCAAAAAAACAAAAACAAGAAACAGAGCAAAGCCUUUUGUUUUUUUUUUUUUUUGUUAAAGAGCAAAGCCUUUUGUUUUUGAAAAUACAGAGCUUUUUAAAACGGAGAGAUCGGAACGAUCAUGAAAGAGAUGGGUGAUGUAGUUUUGUUUAUAGAUGAAACUUAUACGAAACCGAGUUCAACUCGGUGUAGAAUCUGUCAUGAAGAAGAAGAAGCUGAGAGCUACUUUGAAGCUCCUUGUUCUUGCUCAGGAACCAUCAAGUUCGCUCAUAGAGAUUGCAUACAACGAUGGUGCGAUGAGAAAGGAAACACAAUUUGUGAAAUUUGUCUCCAGGAGUAUAAACCUGGAUAUACCACGACUUCAAAACCAUGUCGAUUGAUCGAAGCAGCAACAGUCACAAUCGGAGAUGAUUUACAUAUAGCGAGGAGAGGAAAUGAAGGAAGAAGAAGAAAUAGAAGAAGAUUAGUGAGCAGAGCAGAAUCAGCAGAUUUUCAAGAAUGCAACUCUGGUGCUGAUAGAGGCGCCUCUUGUUGUACAUUCUUGGCUCUCGUUUUUUCGGUGGUGUUGUUGAUAAAGCAUGCAUUUGAUGUGGUUUAUGGAACCAACGAGUAUCCCUUCACAAUUUUCACGGUAUUAACAUUGAAGGCCAUUGGCAUACUAUUGCCAAUGCUCGUUAUCAUUCGAACUGUCACAGCUAUUCAGAGGAGUCUCCGAUAUGAAUAUCUCGAUUCUGAGGAAGAUACAUUAAGCUCUGACGAAGAAGAUAAUGGUUUGGAGGAGGAAGAGCAACAACAACAUUUGGCUUGAUUUAUUAUUUUCUCUUGUUCAAACCUUUUUUCAGAAAAUAUGAAUGUUCAUAUAGGAAUUUGUAAUCAUUAGCAAAUGUAUAUGAUGUUAUAUAGAUUUUUAAUCAAAAUAUCCAAACACAAAUUUAGAGGAGAAAACUUUUCACCA